AAGGUGCUAGAAGAAAAACUAGAACACAUCCUCCAAUGGGUAGAAUGAAUCCUUUAGAGGACCGCGAGCGUAAAAUUAUUAUUGAAUUUUGUCAUCUCUUGGAGAAGUCUAAGCAGCUUUUCAAUGGAUUAAGAGAACUCCCUCAAUAUGGCCACAAGACGUGGCAUUCGUACUUCGGGCGGACAUUCGACGUUUACACAAAAUUAUGGAAAUUCCAACAACAACAUCGCUCCGUCUUAGACAGCAAGUAUGGCCUGAAGAGGUGGCAAAUAGGAGAGAUAGCUUCUAAAAUUGGACAGCUUUACUACCACUUUUAUCUUCGAACAAGCGACACCGCGUACUUAAACGAGGCUUUCUCAUUCUACUACGCCAUAAGGGGGCGUUGUUAUUACACACAAGCCUGCAAAGAGGACAAAUGCGAACUCAUGGUCAAGAAAUUACGGUACUAUGCAAGGUUCAUUGUAGUGUCGCUACUACUCAAGAAGAUCAAGCUAGUACAGGAGCUGAUAAAAGAAUUGGACCGUCAAAUAAUAGAAUACGGAAACACCUACGAUCCUGAUGACCAGAUGGAGUGGAUUGUCGUUGUGGAUGAAGUCAAAGCCUUUAUACAAGCAGAACCAGUGGUUACCGUACAUCAUCCUGAUAAUUUUACCGUUAUUUUCUCGCACAGGUUAAGUCCGCUGACUGUACCACCAGUGGAGAAGUCACCAUAUAUGUCUCUUUCUCUGCAAGAAGUUCUUAUAGUAGGCAGUGCCAACCAAGUGAAAUUUUCUGAGCUAACUAUGGAUAUGUUCCGGAUGCUAAAUUCUUUAGAAAAAGAACUGGUGUGCAAUCCACAACUUGUAUUCGACGAAUCGCCCCACCAACAAUACAUUCCAACUCCAUGCGCUCCGCCCAGUAAAGGUUACAAUCUAGAAAGUAAGCCGCGUCCACCUCCAGCUGACAACCCUCACAAAUACCUCCUCUUUAAACCCACUCCUGCGCAAGUGCUGGUCUACUUGGCCAGUGGGUGCUAUGACCUGCCUCCGAAUGGAGCCCUACUUCUGUACAUCUCAGCUGAUGGGCAAAUGGCUCCCCAGGGAAAACAUCCAGAAGACGCCGCCUACGAAGCUGGGGGGCUCAUAACCACAUCCAAGAACGACGUGUACCGGGAAAACAGCCGGCAGGAAUCGAAGUCCGGACCCUCGACAUCUAAAUACAAAGAGCUGCAAUGUCUUCACCCAGGGGAUUUAUACCCGUUCACCAGAAGACCUCUGUUCAUCAUUAUAGAAUCUGACAACUCAUACGUGUUCCAAAGUGUCCCCAGACAUUUUGGUCAGCCCAUGAUUAUUUUGAUGUCGCCCGCGGAGAUACCACCACCGUACCAAGAAUGCAGACUACAAGGCAGCCUGUUCACGUUGUUCCUGCACUCCCCUCUAUCAGCUUUCUGCUUAAUCACGGACAUAAGGGACUUAACGCUGUCUCAUUGGGACGAGGCUAUGUCCGUGAUAGACACCUUCAUGAUUGAAACUACCGCUUUGAUGACCAGGAGCAGAGUGGAUAUGAUGUUCAUAAACUACAUGGGCGACCACUUCUUCCGUAUCUUGUUGCUUCGCUACGUGUUUUGCGAGGUGACCUUGAGGAACCACAGGGCUUUCAGAGCCAGGUCCCACCUUCCCAGGUCAUCGCCAAGUCUCCCUGAAGAGAUCUCUGAGAACCCAACGUUGAUACACAUCAUGAUGGAUCUCGCAGCAUUAUUGCAGGUUCGGAAUCACUUUUAUUCAUCACACUCUGACCAAGCACAAGGGCCAGUCAGCAAGGAAUGAUACCAUCGACCAUCUACCGUCUCUUUCGCCGAUGAAUGAAUACAAAAAAUGCUGCCGACAUUAAAAGAACCCUGGAAAUAAGAUUCCUGCUCACAUUUUACAACUUCGACUAAAUUAUAUUGGA